AUGGACAAAGGUCUUCACUUCGUGUUCUGUGUGGUUACAACCUUGCUGCUCCUGAGAGAAUCAUGCCAGACAGGAACUACAAGGAAUGAUGAUGCUAUGAGUAAGGGCUCAAGGGGAUCAGAAGAGGGUCUUCCAACUUUGACUGUCACAACAAUCCUGGAAGAUCCUUAUGUCAUGGUGAGAAGUGCAGAACUGGAGGGAUACUGUAUUGACUUGCUGAAAGCACUUGCUGCAAUGCUUCACUUCAGCUACAAGGUGAAGGUGGUGGGCGAUGGGCAGUAUGGUGCCGUCUCUUCCAAUGGGAACUGGACAGGGAUGAUUGGCGAAAUUUUGAGACGGGAAGCAGACAUUGCAGUGGCUCCAUUGACAGUCACGUCAGCAAGGGAAGAGGUGGUCUCCUUCACCACACCGUUCCUGCAGACUGGCAUUGGAAUCUUGCUUCGAAAAGACACCGUCUCUCAGGACGUGUCCUUCUUCCACUUCCUGGCUCCUUUCAGUAAGGAGACCUGGACUGGCCUUUUAUUUGCUUAUGUGCUGACGUGCUUCUGCCUCUUUCUUGUUGCCAGGCUGAGCCCCUGUGAAUGGAAUGAGCCAAAGAAUGAAGAGAACCACUUUACCUUCUUAAACAGCCUCUGGUUUGGAGCAGGAGCACUUGCCCUGCAAGGUGUCACCCCUCGGCCCAAAGCGUUCUCUGUACGGGUCAUCGCUGCCGUCUGGUGGCUGUUCACCAUCGCCUUGCUGGCUGCCUACAUCGCCAACUUCACCGCUCUGCUGACCUCUGGCACUGAGCAGCUCCCAAUCCAGACUUUUGAAGACCUGGUGAAGCAAAGAAAGGUUGAGUUUGGGACACUGGACGGUUCCUCUACUUUCUACUUCUUCAAGAACUCCAAGAAUCCUAUCCAUCAGAUGAUCUAUGAAUAUAUGGACAAGAGACGAGACCACGUUUUAGUCAAAACCUACCAGGAAGCAGUUCAACGUGUGAUGGAAUCAAACUAUGCUUUCAUUGGUGAAUCAAUCUCUCAAGACCUUGCAGCUGCCAGGCACUGCAAUUUGAUGAGGGCCCCUGAAGUUAUCGGAGCCAGAGGAUUCGGCAUUGCCACAACCCACGCAUCCUUGUGGACCAAGAAGCUCUCCAUUGCUGUUCUCAAACUCCGUGAAUCAGGUGAUCUCGACUACUUGCGUAACAAGUGGUGGGAGACCAGUUGCCUUCAAAAAAGUAGAGACAGAUGGAGUCCUCUGCAGCCCCAGGCUCUGGGUGGGCUCUUUCUUACUCUUGCAAUCGGCCUUGCAUUGGGAGUGAUUGCAGCUGUGGUGGAGCUCUCAAAUAGGAGCAGGCACGCUGCUGGACACGCAAAGAAAUCUUGUUGCUCCGUUUUCACAGAAGAAAUGUGCACUCGUCUACGUAUAAAAGAAAAUACAAGACAAAGCCAGGAGACUUCAGGGAGGGCUAAUGCUUAA